CAUCUCGCCUCUGUAGACAUUUCACGCUCCAAUGUCGUGCACUAGCCCGACGAGGACGGAAGACUAUCCUGUGUCUUCACCAAUCACGAAACCGGACAACCAUCAACACAAUCCACUGUCAGACAUUCUUCCAUCCUCGUCCUCUUCUCAUCUAUUCGUCUACAGACUGCUCACGGUCCGCAAGCUCCAACAACAAAACUGACAAUGACAGUAAUUCAAUGUAUCACAGACAGUUAGCAACUUCACCGACUGCCGAAACGCCGCCGCCAUCUCUCGUCGCGUCACUGGUGGAGAGGAGUCCGUCGUGUCUUCAGCCCUAUUUGCGUUUGACAAGAGUUGAUCGUCCGAUUGGAUCGUGGCUGCUGUAUUGGCCGUGCGCCUGGAGUAUUGCGCUUGCUGGCGAGUCCGGUUGCUUGCCGGACGUCAGACUCUUGUGUCUGUUCGGAGUCGGAGCUUUUCUGAUGCGAGGCGGAGGAUGCAUUGUCAAUGAUCUGUGGGACAGCGACGUAGACGGAAAGGUUGCUCGCACUGCGACCAGACCGCUGGCAUCAGGACAGAUUUCAAAGGAGAUUGCCAUUCUAUUAGUUGGACUCCACGGUCUUGCCGCUCUUCCAAUUUUACUGAGUCUAAACACGUACAGUGUUUGGUUGGGAGUGGCCAGCAUUGUGCCUGUUCUCAUAUAUCCCUAUAUGAAAAGAAUUACCAACUGGCCACAGUUGUGUCUUGGUAUUGUUUUUAAUUGGGGAGCAAUGCUGGGAUAUUCUGCAGUUCGUGGUUAUUGUGACUGGUCUGUUGUUUUCCCUCUUUAUUUUGGCUGCAUAUGCUGGACAAUGAUCUAUGAUACUGUUUAUGGACAUCAAGAUAAAGAAGAUGAUGCCCUGCUAGGCCUCAAGUCAACAUCACUAUUGUUCGGAAGCAAAACGAAGCCUAUCCUGUCUGCCUUCCUUUUCACAAUGCUAUCAAGCCUGAUCGUGUCGGGAAUACAAUCACAACAGACCUGGCCCUACUAUGCAGCUACACUGAUCUCUGCAUCCCUGUUGAGCAAACAGAUCUACAGUGUGAAUCUCGAUAACCGGCAAGAGUGUGGACAAAUGUUCAGAGACAGUUGGGGGCUGGGCUUGCUGAUGUUCACUGGUCUAAUCAUCAGUACAUUGCUCAAACAUCCUGCUGAAGAAGAGAAGACCGAACGAGUUGCUUUUGAUACUCCAAGUGUAUAA